AUGCCAUUGAGUAUUGAUUCAUAUAUAUCAGAGAUUCCAGAUGUUGAGUACAGAAAAAGUUUAUGUUCUUCUCGAUUUAUGAAAACUGUUCGUUGUCAAUACUUUGAAGGGCCUAUUGUAGUAAAGUUUUUUGUAAAACCAUCUCAUUCCUAUACAUUUAAGGAUUAUAUUGAGCAGUUAGAAUUUGUUCGACAAAAAUUAUCUAAUAUCCCAAAUGUUGUUCCAUUUAGGCGUGUUUUUGAAACUGAAAAGGCAGGUUACCUUUUAAGAGAAUUUUUUUUUAUCAGUCUUUACGAUAGAAUUAGUACCAGACCUUUCCUUCAAACAAUAGAAAAGAAGUGGAUUGUGUUUCAGCUUUUGUGUGGAUUAAGGGAUUGCCAUUCUAAACAGGUUUAUCAUGGAGAUAUUAAAAUUGAAAAUAUUAUGAUGACUUCAUGGAAUUGGGUUUAUUUAGUUGACUUUUCCUGUUUUAAACCUAAAUUUUUACCUGAGGAUAAUCCUGCUGAUUUUUCAUAUUUCUAUGAUAGUUCUUCAAGGCGUGUCUGUUAUAUUGCUCCAGAGAGAUUUCUUCGUUCAGAUGAGGAAUAUGUUGGUGAAUUAACUGAUAAAAUGGAUAUUUUUAGUCUUGGUUGUGUAAUUGCGGAGCUUUUUCUUGAAGGGACUCCUUUAUUUACUCUUUCUCAAUUGUUAAAAUAUCGACAAGGUGAAUAUGAUCCAGUAUCUGCACUCUUAAAUAAGGUGGAGGAUCCAGAAGUUAAAUCUCUUAUAUGUCAUAUGAUUAGUUUGGACCCUGAAAAACGAUUAUCUGCUGAAGAGUAUCUUGAAAAAUGGAAAAAUAAAGUUUUCCCUGAUUAUUUUUAUACAUUUCUUUAUCAAUAUAUUAACUCGAUCAUGGAGCAUUCUCAAAAAAGAUACAGUGGAGUUAAUGAGAAAUUAUUAUAUAUAGAUGAUUAUAUUGAUCGCAUUUAUCAAGAUCUUGAUAAAAUUGCAUAUUCUCUUGGUUUUGAUGAUUAUGAAAAUAUUUUUAGAAAAAUAUCUUUAUCUAAGUUUUUGUAUGGAAAUUCUAUUACACGUUUUGAAAUUUAUGAACAGUCUGUUCCUAUAGUUAAAUCUGUUUCAUUUGAUAACGGUGUUUUGAUUUUUCUAUCUUUGAUUAUAUCAUCAAUAAGGAAUGCUAUUAAACCAAAUUCACGCAUAGUUGCUUGUGAUAUACUUUUGAUUUUUAGUUAUAGAACGACUGACGAAACUAAGCAUGAUCUUUGUUUACCAUAUCUUGUUUCUCUUCUUAAUGAUGAUGUACCAUCUGUUAGGAUGGCUGCUUUAUAUACAAUAACACACUUACUUGCAUCUGUAACAAUAAUAACUCCUAUUAAUAUACAUUUAUUUUCUGAAUAUAUUUUGCCAAUGUUAAAUCGUUUGGUUGUUGAUCCCAAUCCUUGUGUUAGAACAUUAUAUGCUUCAUGUAUAUCCAGUAUUGUAAAUACAGCUCAGAGGUUUUUAAAUAUGGCUGAAGCAUUUCGUUUAGGUGGCAUUUUAGAAUCUACUGAUAAUGAGACAGAGCUUGAUGAGAAUAGCUCUAGUAUUAUAAUGACGUAUGAUAAUAGUCUAGAUUAUUUGAAAAAAGCAUUUAGAGAACAUGUUAUAUCUUUGCUUACUGAUACAAAUUCUAAUGUUAGACGUUCUUUAAUGGGUUCUAUUGAGUCUCUUUGUAUGUUUUUUUGUAAACAAGAAGCUGAUGAUCUAAUUUUGAGUCAUUUAAUAACUUAUUUAAAUGAUAAGGAUUGGAUGUUGAGAUAUUCUUUUUUCGAUCAUAUUGUUGGAAUUGUAACAUAUGUUGGAAAACAAGGUUUAGAGGAAUAUAUAAUGCCAUUAAUGAUACAGGCUUUAACAGAUAUAGAAGAAUUUGUGGUAGCAAAAGUUAUAUCUUCUCUUACUAGUAUGACUGAAUUGGGUUUGUUUCAAAAAUCUAUGGUAUGGAAUCUUCUUGCAAUUUUGUUAAGGUUUACUCUUCAUCCAAAUGCUUUAAUUCGAAUAGAAAGUAUAAAAUUUAUUGUUGCGAAUAUAAAGUGGUUAAGAAAAGUUGACAUACAUUAUAUAUUAUAUUCUUUAAUAAGGCCAUUUUUGCGUUGUGAUAUUAUUGAUAUUACUGAAAUAGCAUUAUUAGAAAAUCUUCAUACUCAGAUAUCUAGACCUAUAUUUGACCUUGCUACUUCAUGGGCUAUGCAAAGUGAGAAAAGUUUAUUUUGGAAAUCUUCAAAAUCUAAAGAAUCCUUUAUGUCGCUAAGACAUGUUAACGGAAGUAAAUUUCAGUUUUUUUCAACUUCUAUUUUUUCGUCUGAGGAUGAAAUUGAGAAAGCUACUUGUUUUAAUGAAAAUAUAUGUUUAUCAGAAGAUGAUGAACAAUGGAUAAUAAAGUUAAAAAAUUUAGGGAUGACUGCUUCCGAUGAAUGGAAAUUGAAUUUACUUAAAGAUUAUAUAUGGAAGAUAGCUCAAAUAUCUUUAAAUGCUCGGCAACAUUGUGAUACUUUUUUAGUUAAAGAUCAAAUUGGUUUUAUUUCUCUUAAAACUUUGAACAUUAAUCCUAAAACUGUUUUUUUUGAUGAUCAGUUUUUAAAAUUAGAAACUAUAGCUUCACAAUUCAAUGUUUCACCUGUUUUAAAAAAUAAACUAAAAGAUGUUAAUAAAUUGGUUGAUAAACAAAUUGAAAGGGCUGAAUUAUCUCCUUUUUUUGAUAAAUCUACAUCUUUUGUUCUAUUAAAUCAAUAUGAUUCAAUAUCGCAUACUGUUUUAGAUAAGAAUUUAAAUUCUAGUCCAGUAAUGGCUACUCUGGACCAUGAUAGAAAUAUAACUUUUGAUAUUAAUAAACAAUUAGAUGAUAGUUUUCCUGAAAUUAUUCCAGAUAUUCAGGAAACUUCUACUGAUUUAACUAAUAUAAAACAUUUUGUAAAUUUGGAAUUUCUUGAAUCAACACAAAAUGAUAGUUUUUCUUCAAAUGAUAAACAAAAUAGUUUGAGUUUAAUAUAUCGAUCAGAGACUUUUUUUUUAAAUAAGACUGUACCAGAAACUUCGACUAGUACUGAAAGUGUAAUGGGGACUCUUAACGGUUCUUUAAAUCCAAAUUUGACGUUAAAUAUUAUAAAGAAUGUUUUAGAUAAUGACAUUGAUUUAAACUUAUCUUUAUUUUCUAAAGAUAUUAAUAUAUUUGGUAUGUUUUUAUUUUAUGAAAUUAAAGAAAUGAAAAAGUCUUAUUCAUCCAUUUUUUCUUCACAAAGAAUUAAUAAGAAAAAUCCUGAAAAAAUAUCUUUGGAUAAACCAUGGCAUCCUGUAGGAACUUUGGUUGCUCGUUUUUCUGAACAUUCUAAAGGGAUUAAUCGUGUAAUUGUUUCUCCAGACAAUGUAUUUUUUGUUACAGCAUCAGACGAUGGUACCAUAAAAAUAUGGGAUAUUAGUCGUCUUCAAAAAAACGUUAGUAAUAGAUCGCGAUUAACAUAUCGGCAUUCAACAAUUGCAAGGAUUAUAUCUAUUUGUUUUAUAUCUAAUACAUACUGUAUAGCUAGUGGAGCUAGUGAUGGGAGUCUCCACAUUAUAAAAGUUGAGUGUAUGAUUGAUGCUAAUUCACUUCCUAAAUAUAAACAUGUAAAAAUUCUUCGGAAAUAUGAAAUAGGAAAAGAUGAAUAUGCUGUUUGGAUGGAACAUUUUGAAACUGAUCAUGAAUCCAUUUUAAUGAUAGCUACAAGUUUGUCAAGAAUAAUUGCAUUAGAUAUCCGUACUAUGAAAGAGCUUUAUAAUUUAUUAAAUUCACCUUGUCAUGGGACUCCUACAUGUUUUUGUAUAGAUCAACAAAAAACAUGGUUAUUGCUUGCUGGUACGCAUGGUAUUUUAGACUUGUGGGAUUUAAGAUUUCAAAUUAAAUUGAAAUCAUGGGGCUUACCUGGUGCUUCUAAAAUUCAUCGAGUUUCAUUGCAUCCUAUAAAAGGCUGUGGGAGAUGGGUAUGUGUAGCUGGUGGAUGUAGUCAAAAUGAAGUUACUGUCUGGGACAUAGAGAAAAUGCAGUGUCGUGAGAUAUAUAGAGUUGCAAAAGGCAAGGAUAAUGGAAAAGGUUAUGAACCAUGGGAAAUUGAUGAUGAAAGCUCUGAAGGAAUUUUUGGGAAAUAUAUUGGAGAUACUAACAGAUUUAAUUUUGACGACGAAGUGUCUGGAUAUAAUAGAGGUAUAUGUGCAAUGGCAGUUAGUACAUGUGGUUUAUUUGAUGGAAUUGUUUCUGAUAUUAAAAAUCAUGGUUUCAUUCUAUUUUCUGGGACAGAUCAAAAAAUAAGAUUCUGGAGUUUGGAUUCUAAUAAUGCAAAUAAAGGCUUUGUUAUAAGUGGAUUAGAACCAGAAGAAGAAAUGCCAAUUUAUACAACAUCUCAUCUUACUCCAACUUUGGUUCUUAAUGUUGAGCAGCCUGCUUUAUCACUUUCAACUGAUGAAAAUGUUUCAUCGAAAUCAUCUUUAAAAAUACCCCGUUCUACAUUUAUCUUUCAACAACAAAAAUAUGUCUUUAAAAAUCAUAUAGAUUUAAUUCAAGAUAUUGCAUUUAUUCAAAAUCCAUAUGAAAUGGUUAUUUCUGUUGAUCGUUCUGGUAUUAUUAAUGUUUAUGUAUAA